UUAUGUUCAUUUACUAUAAUGUGUUCCAAAGGUUUACGGUUAAAUUAUUUACAUAUUUAUGUCUACACAUUCAGUAUUGACAUAUAUAUACAUUUAAAUGUUUCACAGAAACAGGAGUAUUGAUGUGUUGAAUCUGCCAAUGUAUUCGUUCACAUUUACCUCAGUCUGAGGCCUUUCAGGCUUUUUAUUGGUCAGCUGAGUCACAUGAGAGUGAGAACCAGGAAGUGUGUGUGGGUGACGUGAUGACCAGUGUGGAGAACAGUAAAGUGCUGACCAGGAAGUGAUCUGUCUCCAUCCUGUUGUUCCUUCAUGUUGAGAGUGAUCCAAGUCCCCCACAUGAAACCCUCGCGUUACAAUAGGAAUAAAAAAACAAGGUGUUUAUGUCGCCAGAGGAGCUGUUGCUAACUGGACGCGUUUUUCAGCAGGUUCAGAAAUACUUGAGUCAGCCCGACUGAUACCGGCAGUCAUGUCACAGUCACUACAGGAUGUUCUGCAUCGCUCUGCUGCCUAAUGCUUGACGUCAAUAUAACGUCAAUACGUGGGUGUGCAGGUGUUCCUAUCAAUGUGCUCAAGCUCUGGGACCAGACGUGACCAGGCCAGGCAGUUGGUCCGGGACUUAGAGACCCGCGGCAGUCGAGCCUUUCCUUUAUUCCUGCAGUGUCUUCAGGAGACGGGUCAGCAGAGUCUGGCAGAGCUCCUGCAGAAUGGAGUACCAGUAGUUCAUCUACAGCCUGCUACACCCACUAAGGUUGUCCGCCCUGUGGUCCGACCGCUCCCAAUCACUUCCCCGAUGGAUGUCGGUAAGCAGAGAAGAGAGGAUGUACCUUUCAAGCCCAUUCCUCGACCCAGUACUACUCCCAGUCCAUCACCUGAAAGGGAGAGCAUAAGACCAAGGCCACAGGGCAGAACACGACGGGACAGUAUUCAGGGCUACAAAAUGGACGCCAGCCCAUGUGGACACUGCCUCAUCAUAAACAACGUGGAGUUUGACCCUCAGAGCGAGCUGAGCAAUCGCAGAGGCUCCAACAUCGACUCCGAAAAGCUGGAGAGACGAUUCAAGACGCUCAACUUCAUCGUGGAAGUCAAGACCAACCUGAAACAAAGACAAAUCAAGCAUGAGCUGUCAGCUUUGUCCAAGAAAGACCACUCACGCUAUGACUGCUGUGUGGUUAUCAUGCUGUCCCAUGGGACUGAGGUGAGUCACAACCGCUUCCCUGGUGCGGUGUAUGGUGUGGACGGACAGUAUGUCCCAGUUCAACACAUCACAAACUACCUCGACGGCCAGCGUUGCCCUUCUUUACAAGGCAAACCCAAACUGUUCUUCAUCCAGGCGUGUGGAGGAGGUGAAAGAGACACAGGCUUUGAGGUGUCCCCCGACGAAGUUGAGCCAUCCUUCAGGGGAGCAGAUGACCAGACAGACGCCAUUCCAAUGUCGUCCAGCAGCGACUCCCUGAGCACGCCUGAUGAACCGGACGCCAGAGCCACUCUGCCCACGCCGUCUGACAUCCUGGUGUCCUACUCAACUUUUCCUGGUUAUGUUUCUUGGAGAGACCCCAAGUUGGGAUCCUGGUAUGUUGAGACAAUGGACCUUGUUCUUGAGGAAAAUGCUGCUAUUGAUGACCUGGUUACCAUGUUGAUGAUGGUGAACAACGAGGUCUCUCAAAACUCUGCAAAAGGGCUCUACAAGCAAAUGCCUGGUUCCUUUAAUUUCCUCCGAAAACUUCUCUACUUUCAAACCCCAACAUAGACCCAGAAAAGUUCAGCUUGUCUCACAUUCAGCUUCAGGUUCAACAUUUGUAUUUUCCGUGUCAUAAAUCUUGCCUGUAAUGUUUUUGGAUUAUGUCUCAGCAGAGUCGUAAAAUGUAUGAAUUUGCUAAAUUGUGCUUUUACUGAAAUGCCUUAGUGUGUAUUUGAUUUUAUUGAUUGGCACAGCUUUCUGUGCUUUCAAACGCUGGCAACAUUUCUAAAUGAAUCUCUCAGGCGUAGGUGUGAUCAUGGAAAGAUGAUGUAAAAAGUUGUUAUUACUUUGGUGACGACAGCCAUCCGUUUUCUAAAUGGCAGUCAAUCAACAUGAUGAUCAGUUUGGGCUUUGUCUCUUUUCUACGGAUCUUGUCAACAAUGUGUUAAAAAUGUUUGUACUUUUCUGACAAAAUAGUAGUGAAUAAUAGUAAAUUAC